AUCGUCCUCCGCGGCGUCGCGGCCAGCAACCCUCCCGUCGAUCUCGAUCCAACAGCGAGCUAGCGCUCUCGAGUCUUGAUCGAUGCUCUCCAUGAAGGCCAGCGCCGCUCCAGCCAUGUUCCCGCUCGCGCCUCCGCCGCCACCGCCGCGUGUAGUUCAGCUGCUGCCGCUGCCGCCGCCGGCGGCCCCGUAUAACAAGUACAACCACGCCGUGGCGGCACCACCCGUGCUCGGUGUCCAGAUCAGACAGGUCACGGCGGCAAACUACGAAGCGGAGCUGGAUGCUAUCGGCUCGCUGCUCGCGAGGUACCCCUUCGUCGCCAUCGACCAGUCCCGCGCGCGCGGCGUGGCCUCCGCGGCGUUCGCGGCCAAGCUCGCCGCCAUCCUGUCGUCGCGGCGGGGGCGGGGCGAGCUGACGUGGGCGGCGUUCGGCGGCGCGUACGACUUCGCGUACCUGGUGAAGAUGCUCGCCGGCGGGCGGCCGCUGCCGGGGACCUGGCACGAGUUCGUGGCGCAGGCGAGGGCCCUCCUCGGCGGGCGACUGUUCGACGCCAAGUACAUGGCGGAGCACUGCGAGUGCGCGGACCUGUGCGGGGGCCUCAGGCGCGUGGCCGCCAGGCUCUCCGUGCAGCGGAGGGACUCCCCGGAGCCGCCGCCGCCGGCGUGCCUGGCUGGCGGGAAGAGCCACAGCGCCUGCCGCAUCUACACGGCGAUGAGGAGGCGCAUCCUGUACCGUGACGGCGGCGCCAGCCAUCAAGGCCUCAUCGAUGGCUUGCACCACUGAUGACAGACAUUAGGGAUUUUUUGUUGUUGGGUAUUUCGAGGUUGAUGUAAUAACGCAGAUGAGUCUUUGUAGAUGCAGUAGGAAAUUGGAACAACCUCUCGUCAUGAUGCUCAAGACGUCUCAUUGCCUAGUGGUGCACUGCAAUCUUGCCUCACCAUCACCGGCUGAUCUUAAAAUUGCACAAAUGUUAAAAUUGCUCCGAAACCCAGCUCAGGUUUCUGAAA